AUGUGUAACGAAACAUUUAAUUUCAAUGAGCCAGAAUUUCAAACAAGACGACAUCAAAUUAAUAAACUACAGAACAAUAUAUUGACAUUAAGAACAAGGAAAUAUUCGGCUAAUCAAAUUGAAGAAAGAAAUACUAAAAGUAAUUCAGCUAACAAACGCUUUAACUCAGCUUAUUCUGGAUUUGAUACAGUUUAUGGAAAUAACAAUAGUGAUUUCAACGAACCAACUACUGAUAGAUCAAAUAAUACUGAGCUAAAUGAAAAAUUACCAAGUUUCUCCUUGUAUGAUUGGGAGACAAGUUCUGAAAAUAUAAGUCUGAUUGAAGGCAAAUUAAAACGCUGGCAUUAUGAAGUAGAUAUGUUAUAUGAUGGAGAAACAUCAGUUGGAAAUAGAAUAAGUUCACUGAAGAGCUGUGAACAAAUAAAUCUAAUCAAACAACUUCUGCCUGGCAGACAAAUCUUCAUUAGAACAAUCGACCAUAACAACGUAAUCGGUGCAUCAGGUCUUUUAGAAACAAAUCAAUUUCAAGCAGAUAACACUAUGCAUGACUCAUGCAAAUCUGUUCGUUUCGAAAGUAGUAAGCGCAAAAUUGAUCCAAGUGAAGUUUCCAUAAAUCAAGACGAUGAUUUAAUGAGUUCAAAUUUGGGACAAGUUAAAAUAACUACUUUAAAUGUUGUCAAUACUACUGAUGAUCAGCUAGUAGUAGAUGAAGCAGGAGAAGAGUAUGAAUUUAAAAUAGAGGUAGAUAAAAGUGAAGCUUUUGAAAAUACAGAUGAAAAGAACCAAAAUCUUACAAAUGAAGUCAAAUUAAUUCUUGAUAGAAUCCGUCCAGUUUCAUCAACUUAUGGUUACAUAUUAACUAAUAGAUCAUCUAUACCAACAAGAAACAUUGAGUCAGCCAGAACUAGUAAGACAUAA